AUUCUUAGUCAUGGUGCAUUGUAGGUACAGAUUUAUCGUUGUCUGAAUUAUUGUUGCAUUGCUCAUUAAUCAGGAAAUCAUCCAUUAAUCCCGGAGUAAAAUUCAUUGAUGAAUUGUGUCAUUUGUUUACAAUGAUUAGAUGUCUGUGUACAAACUUUAGCCCACUUAGUCUUAUUGGACAGCUUUCCCAUUUCCUGUAAAUGUAUGCGGUGAUAUUGAAAUACAAACAAAUCAAGUGUCAUUGGCAUGAAAGGGUUGCUCUCUAUCUCUCUUCUCUCUCUCUCUCUCUCUCUCUCUCUCUCUCUCUCCUCAACUUGCCAAAUUGAUUCUUGAGUAUAUCGGUAUAGAUAUAUUUACUAUAUAGGGCGGUAGUAUCACCCGUUUACCAAAAUUUGCAUUGCACCCUAAAAUUAUGGGGAAUGGCGCUAAUGAAACAAAAUCUUCAGAUAAAUAGCCAAUCUAAUUAAAAUCAGAUCUUCUCUAACCUUUACACUGGAGGAGGAGUAACGGUUAGAGAAGAUCUGAUUUUAAUUAAUUAGCUUGAUAAAUAGCAAUUGGGGUGAAAAUACUUGUAAAGCACCACUGGUGCAAGUUAACUCGGGGUUUUCAUUGUGCUGAUGAAAAUAACAUUAACAUUUUAAAAUGGAUUCAAUAACAAAUGAACAAAAUCACAAGUCAAUUAAAGAUUGUUACCUCAAACAAUAGCUUUGUCCUUUGAAAAAAUAGUCAAGUAUCUGGUUGGUAUAGAUAUCAGUGAGCAUGCCGAUUAGUUGGAUCCGCUCUUGGUAGCCUAUAUUUAGAUUGUUGUGAAAGGCGAUAAAGCCUCCCUUAUUUAAAAAGAAAAAAAGUUGUGACCCUAUUUGUAGAUUGUUCACUGGAGUAAAACAGGUAAGCUGGUAUGUGCACACAGACACGUUAAAUGGUUGGGGUUUGGCCCGUUAAUAUUCAGACAUUGCAAAUGUCAUGUAUUGACUCUCAUCCAACAUGAUGCGUAACAGGAGAAAUGACCUUCAUACGGCGAAUAGGAAUUUUUGCUUUAUUUUGGCCUUCCUCACAGUGUUGAUUAUAGUGCUAAUUAGUGUGGUGAUUUAUCUGGCUGUUAAAAAUCAAAAAGGUGAAGAAGACCAUCCACCAGCAAUGAUCACAAGUUCUCCAUUCGGAAAUCACGAAGGAAAAGAAGUCCUAGAGUACACUUUAAAGAACAGUAAAGGCACAGAAAUACAUAUUCUUAACUAUGGAGGAAUUAUUAGGAAGAUCGUGGUACCGGAUAAAAACGGAAAGAUGGACGAUAUUUGUCUUGGUUUUGAUGGCAUGGAAGGAUAUGCCGAAAAUCCGCCCUAUUUGGGGGCUUUAAUUGGGCGCUAUGCCAACAGGAUAGCAGAAGGACGUUUUACUAUUGAUGGCAAAACAUAUCAGUUGGACACAAACAAUGAACCUAACGCCCUUCAUGGAGGAAAAGUUGGAUUUGAUAAGAGGGUAUGGGAAUCAAAAAUUGACGGUGACGUCCUGCAGUUGACUUAUGUUAGCGCCGAUGGAGAGGAGAAGUACCCGGGCGAGGUCAAAGUAACCGUGAGAUACCAACUGACCGAUGACAAUGAAUUGGUCAUUCAAUACUCGGCUACAACAUCAGCGAAGACAGUCAUCAAUCUCACAAACCAUGCCUACUUCAAUUUAGGUGGACAGGUGUCUGGUGACAUUGGGAACAUUUUUGAUCACAACGUGACGAUAACGGCUGAUAAAUACACACCAGUGGAUGAGGUUUCCAUUCCCACAGGGGUGAUUGCUGAUGUAGACAAGACACCUUGGGACUUGCGCACCAUGAAGAACUUGGGAGAAAUGAUUCCCACCGUGCCUGGAGAUGUAGGAUACGAUCAUAACUUCUGCUUUGGAAAGACCGGCUGGCGGAAAUACAUGGCAAGGGUGGAACAUCCUGCCUCGGGUCGAUUUCUAGAGAUGUACAGCACGGAGCCAGGUGUACAGUUUUAUACCGCAUACUACUUAAACGCAACCGGAAAAGGCGGGGCCAGUUACAAGAAAUUCGAUGCUUUUUGUCUGGAGGCUCAACAUUAUCCGGACAGUCCAAAUAAACCAAAUUUUCCUACAACUUUGUUAGCGCCAUCUGAUACUUAUCUACAAACAACUUCAUACAAAUUUGGAGUGAUGUGAUCUCGUGACCAUGCUACAUUGAUGAUUAUAUCAUCUUUACUGUAUACAUUAAUUAUUAAUUUUGUAUAAUAAAACUGUUACUAUGAUCUUUGAUCGUAAUCGAACGUU